UUCUCCUGAGGUGGAGGCGCCAGCCUGGGACGCCCGCCAGUAGGGAGCGGGCUGAGAGGGGACGCGGAGGCAUCUUCGGCUCCGGGCGCGAGAAGUCAGUGUGCCAGUGACCGUGAGGCGUGCGUCGGCUCCGAGAGGCCGCGGAGGCCGGGGGCAUUAGAAAUGGCUACAACCCAGUCAGUUUUCAUCUUUGCAAUUUGUAUUUUGAUGAUAACAGAAUUAAUUCUGGCCUCAAAAAGCUACUAUGAUAUCUUAGGUGUGCCAAAAUCUGCAUCAGAACGCCAAAUCAAGAAGGCCUUUCACAAAUUGGCCAUGAAGUACCACCCUGACAAAAAUAAGAGCCCUGAUGCUGAAGCAAAAUUCCGAGAGAUUGCAGAAGCAUAUGAAACUCUCUCAGAUGCUAGUAGGCGAAAAGAGUAUGAUACGCUUGGACACAGUGCUUUUACUAAUGGUAAAGGACAAAGAGGUGGAAGUCCUUUUGAGCAGUCAUUUAACUUCAAUUUUGAUGACUUAUUUAAAGACUUCAAUUUUUUUGGUCAAAACCAAAAUACUCGGUCUAAGAAACAUUUUGAAAAUCACUUCCAGACACGCCAGGAUGGUUCCAGUAGACAAAGGCACCAUUUCCAGGAGUUUUCUUUUGGAGGUGGAUUGUUUGAUGACAUGUUUGAAGACAUGGAAAAAAUGUUUUCUUUUAGUGGUUUUGACAACACCAAUCAGCACACAGUACAAACUGAAAAUCGAUUCCAUGGAUCUAGCAAGCACUGCAGAACUGUCACUCAAAGAAGAGGAAAUAUGGUUACUACGUACACUGACUGUUCGGGACAAUAGUUGGCCCUGUUUUUCUGUUCUCACUAAAACCAUCUUGUCUUUUCCUCAGUAUCUUUGAUGAAAAAAGUUUUCUGUGAACUGCUUUGACAAGUGCAUGAUUUCACUUACUUUAAGCAAUUUGAUAUAGCUAUUACAUAUAUUUAAGUUAUUCUGACAAAUUCAACAUUCAGUAGACAAAAUGUAAUGUUUUUCUUGGGAAUUUUUUUUUUUACAAACAAAAGAUAAUUCUGCCAAGUCCUUUUUCUUUACCUACUUUUGAGUUCCUAAAAGUAGCCAGAUUUAUUAUUAGAAAGAAAAAAAAGAUUGAAUUUGGUUGAUACCCAUUUAAAGAUUAAACUUUAAAAGUUAUUGUAGAAAUGAAUUGUGUGAAUUUAGAUGACUUUUUACAGUGAAACGUUUGCUAAUACAAAAUUGCAUGCUUUGUAGCAUCUGACUUCAGUUGCUAAAUAUAUAUGAAAUUGUAUAAUUGAGUCAUUCAGCAAAGGCGAUCAGUAUCUUGGUUGAUUACCACUGAAAGCUUUAGGAAAGGAUGGUUUUAUUUUUGCAACAAAUCAUACCUUUUCUGCAGUAGAAUUGGUGUACAGGAAAUAUAGUCAGUUAAGCAAAAAAAGUUGAAAAUUUGUGAAAUAUUGCCAAGAGAUUGUUAGUGUGUUUAGGCCCUGAAAAAUGAUUUUUUUUUUAAGGUUGAAAUCAUAGCUACUUAUACAUUUUUCUCACAUUACUUUCUUGUUAACCCUGUAGGUCUUAGUAUGAAUUUAUGUGGUCUUUUUGUGUUUAGUUCUUCCUCUUUGCACUUACCUUGGUCUAGAGAUUGCACUUAUCUUCAUCUAAUACCUCAUUCUUUUGUAAAACCAGCCAGUAAUUUCUGUGCAACCUUAUUAUGUGCAAUAUUUUAAAAUUCUAAGAUGUGUGUACUUUGGUUUUUAGGUAGACUUAUUUCUUUAGUUUGGCACUUUUCCACAUUAUACUCCAUAUGAGUAUUAAUCCUAUGGAUGCAUAUUAAAACUAGUAAUGUCUCAUACAACAUUGUGUGUGAGUGAGAGAAAUAUAAAUAUUUACAAUCU